CACACACGAGACAGUACUAUAUUUUAGUAACUGGCGGUAGUAUGUCGGCAGUGUAAGCAAGUGCAACCGUUCUCAGACGGGGAUAUAUAUUUGUUUUUUUUUUCAAAAACCGCACACUGACCGUACGGUUUCGACACGCGGUUCGGGUUGGACUUUUUUCGGUGUUAAGUUUUUUGGCUCGACAGCUCUGACGGUGCUGUAUACUGUACGACAACCGUAGUAAAAAUCAUUCGAGUCAUUUGAAAUAAAAAAUUCAACGACCCAAGGUAGUGUCAUGUGCGGCCGUAGGUGAUCGCACGCUGCAGCUACAGCUGAUACAGGGGCGGUUGCCCGAGAGAUGGUGACACGACUUCCGGGUGGCGUUGGCCGGACACUGGCCGUGGUGGUCGCCGUGUUCGUGGCGGUAACGCGGGCGCAACCACCGGCCAUCAACAGCGGCGACCCGGGCGAUUCGGCUCACCUGGUCCCGGUCGGUGGACCAAAUGUCUGUCGUUCACGAUUUCGAAACUACUGCUGUCCGGGAUGGACAAUUAAGCAUGCGACCGGUCUUUGUAUUGUACCGGUGUGCAACAGACCUUGCAAUGGCGGUCGAUGCAUCAAACCGAACAUGUGUUUGUGUGAUGAGGGAUCUGUUCGAUCGGCAUGUCUGCCGGACGACAUUCGAGAUUCGAUGAUCACAAACAAUUCGGAAGACCAACGACCCGAUAAGUUCGAGAAACUGCCGAUCAACAACAAGAACUCAUCGACAACAGUCGCUACUGUCAUUGCAACGGACACCAGAAAUCAAGCCUGUAAGUACCCCUGCAUUAACGGCGGUACUUGUCAGGGAACAACAUGCAUAUGCCGACACGGUUACAAUGGAGAAAACUGCGCCGACCCGAUUUGUAGGGACGGGUGUUUAAAUGGCGGUCGCUGCAUUGGGCCAGAUCGAUGUGCGUGUGUUUACGGAUACGCCGGAAGGAGAUGCGAAGCCGACUAUCGAAUUGGACCGUGCUACACAAGAGUGAUAAACGACAUGUGCCAAGGGCAAUUAGAAGGAGUAGUAUGUACGAAACAAUUGUGUUGUGCUACCAUUGGUCAAGCGUGGGGUCACCCGUGUGAGCAGUGUUCGCUGAGCUACGACUGUGACAUUGGUUUCUUAAAAAACAUACACUCCAAUCAGUGUAUAGAUAUUGACGAAUGCGAGGCCAUACCAGGAAUCUGCAAAGGAGGUGCGUGUGUAAACACCAUUGGAUCGUUUAAAUGUAUUUGUCCCGAAGGACGAGUACACAAUUCAGUGACCCACGUUUGCGAUGAUGAAAACGAGUGCAAACUAGGAGAUCCAAACAUUUGUCAAGAUGGAUAUUGUGUCAAUACCGAUAACUCAUACUAUUGUAUUUGCAAGCAAGGAUUCGUACCGACCUCGGACAGAAAAGGAUGCAUAGACACCCAACAAGGUAAUUGUUACACGAGAAUUUCUUCGAAUCAAGAAUGUGUAGACCCUUUGCCGAUGAAACUGUCCAAAAAAGAUUGUUGCUGUGGCAAAGACAUGGGCAAAGGUUGGGGGAACUCGUGUGAACACUGUCCGUCACAAGGAAUGGCUGAAUACAUAAAAAUAUGCUUGGGUGGCAAAUCUAAUCACACAGUGCUGAACUUGGUAGACGAAUGUGGUUUAAGACCGGAGAUCUGCGGUACUGGUGGGAAGUGCAUUGAUACGGUGGAUGGAUACGCGUGCGAAUGUCAUCCCGGUUUCUCAAAGAGCCGUCACGAAGACUCGCAAGUGUGUGAAGAUAUAAACGAAUGUUUACAACAAGGGAUUUGCAAUAACGGCCAAUGCAGCAACACACCGGGAAGCUUCAUUUGUUCGUGUCCCCUAGGGUACGAUUUAGCAUCUGAUGGGAAACGUUGCAUAGACCACAAUGAAUGCGAAAAAAAUGGAAUGUGUGCAAACGGGAUGUGUAUAAACGUCCAAGGAUCAUUUCAAUGUAAAUGCAAAUCGGGUUUCAUAAUGUCACAAACCGGGCAUUCUUGUAUAGACGUUGACGAGUGCUAUGAAAACCCUAGAAUUUGUUUGAACGGAAGAUGUCGAAACACUCCUGGUUCGUAUUUAUGUGAGUGUCAACCAGGAUAUACCGUUUCGCCAGAUGGUGCAUUUUGUGCGGACAUCAAUGAAUGCGAGAGAAGGCCAGGACUUUGUAAAAAUGGCAAGUGCGCCAAUACUGACGGAUCGUAUAAAUGUCUCUGUGAUUCUGGUUAUCGUCUUUCACCGGAUCGACAGAAUUGCAUAGAUAUUGACGAGUGCUCAAAUAGUGGUAAUCCGUGUCAAAGUGGCAAAUGUGUCAAUACGGCUGGAAGUUUUCGCUGCGAAUGCCAAGAUGGCUUCUAUUUAGGACCAGAUGGGCGGACAUGCUUGGAUACCCUUCGAGAUUUGUGCUAUGCCAACUACCAACAGGGUGCUUGUUUACAACCUACCGGUAUGCCAGUUACGAAAUCAAGUUGCUGUUGUUCCCACAGCAUAGUUGGUCAGACUCCAGGAUGGGGUUCACCGUGCUCAAAGUGUCCUUUACCCGAUAGCGCUGAAUUUAAGACACUCUGUCCACAAGGACCCGGUAUGACCUAUAAUGGUGAAGAUAUUAACGAAUGCGCUCAAAAUCCUGCCGUAUGUUUAAACGGAGGUUGUGAAAACACCAUUGGCAAUUACAGAUGCAUUUGCAAUUCUGGAUACGAAGCGGACGACACAGGUAAAUCGUGUAAAGAUAUAAAUGAAUGUGAAGUAGAUGAAACCAUAUGCAACGGAGGACAGUGUCGUAAUACGCCAGGGAGCUUCCAAUGUACUUGCCCGGCGGGAACAGUAUUAAAUUCAAGAAGUCAAGCUUGUGAAGAUGUAGAUGAAUGUGAAGAGAUCGGUUUUAACGCAUGUGUAGCUGGUCAGUGUAUCAACACAGCAGGCUCUUUCGAAUGCGAAUGCCCGCCUGGCACACAAUUAGAUAGUACCGGUAGAGUUUGCUUAGAUAACCGCAGGGGUUCGUGUUGGACUCGCAUGACAGGCGGUAAAUGCGAAAACAACUUGGUGCAACUUACUUUAAAAUCCGAUUGUUGUUGUUCGAUCGGAUUAGCUUGGGGAAGUCCAUGCGAGCCUUGCAAAUCAGAAGACUGUGGUGAAUGUAACAAGGGAUAUGUGUCUGUAGGUAAAGUUUGUCGUGAUAUAAACGAAUGUGAAUUGAGCCCUGGAGUUUGUCGAGGGGGAGGCACUUGUGUGAACACAGAAGGGUCAUUCACGUGCGUUUGCCCCCCGGGUUUGAGCUUAGAUACUACCGGUACGAUUUGCCUGGACGUCAGAGAGGAAAAGUGUUACACGGACUUCAAACACGGUGCUGGAGUUAAUCCUCUCGAAGGUUUAUAUCCUCGCAGUGUUUGCUGUUGUUCUACCAUAGGUAAAGCUUGGGGAGGUGGAGUAGGAGGUGCCAUCGGCAGAAGUGAACUCUGUCCAAGACGUGGUACUCCAGCGUUCACCGACCUAUGUCCAAAAGGUCCUGGAUUCAUUGAUCGCAAGGAUAUAAACGAAUGUAUUGAAUUUCCUGGAAUAUGCAGCAAUGGCCGUUGCAAAAACACAAUGGGAGGUUUUACGUGUAAAUGUAGCCAAGGAUACGCUCUGGACGAGUCCGGAAUUCGCUGUGUCGAUAUCGACGAAUGUAAUAUCAUGCACGGAGUCUGUGGGGACGGCGAAUGUCAAAACAUACCCGGUAGUUUUGUGUGCAAGUGUAAAGAAGGCUACGAAACUUCACAGUUAAUGCAAGUCUGCAUGGAUAUCGAUGAAUGUGAGAUAACACCUGGAUUGUGUCGUGGUGGCACGUGUAAAAAUACUCCUGGUAGCUAUAAAUGCGAAUGUCCUAGCGGUCACGAAUUAUCUGCAGAUAAACAGAGUUGUAAAGAUAUCGACGAGUGUUCAAGAACUAGUGGAAUCUGUUCAAACGGCGUGUGUGAAAACAUGAUGGGGACUUAUCAAUGUGUUUGCGACGAAGGAUAUAGGCAAACCGAUCAAAAAUUUUACUGCGAGGAUAUUGAUGAGUGUACGAUAAAUAAUGGAGGUUGUUCGUCUAUUUGCAUCAACAUGCCCGGUAGCUUCAUGUGUUCUUGUCGAGCUGGUUAUACAUUAAUGGAAGACAAGCGAACGUGUGCAGAUGUAAAUGAAUGCGAAGUGAACCCUCGAAUAUGCAACGGUGGUCAGUGCAACAACACUAUAGGCAGUUUUCUUUGUUCAUGUUCUGGCGGUCUAUUGAAAGGAUCCGAUGGUUCAUCUUGUUUGGAUAUUAACGAGUGUGACGACAAAAAUAUAUGUGGUAACGGGCAGUGUAGCAAUACUAUAGGUUCGUUUACUUGUCGAUGCGAAGAAGGAUAUACUGUGAAAUUGGAUUCCGGACCCGCUUGUACGGAUGAAGACGAAUGUGAGAUUGGCACACACAGAUGUGAUAUAAAUGCAGCUUGUAUUAACAAUCCGGGUUCGUAUGGUUGUCGAUGCCAGGAUGGUUUUACUGGGAAUGGGUACAACUGUAUGGAUAUAAACGAAUGUCUGACUAACAACGGAGGCUGUGAUCAAAAUGCACAAUGUAUAAACGAAGACGGAUCUUUCAGGUGUGUUUGUGAUGAUGGUUUUCGUGGUGAUGGUUAUGCAUGUACAGACAUAGAUGAAUGUCUAGAAGAUUCAACAUUAUGUGAGAACGGUCAUUGUCUUAACUACCCAGGGUCAUAUAGAUGCGAAUGUGAAAUGGGAUUUAUCAAUCCAGAUGACAAAAAUGAAAGGUCUUGUAUUGAUAUAAACGAAUGCCAGAUGUUUAAUAACUUAUGCGUAUUUGGAACCUGUGAAAACAUAUUUGGCACAUUCAGAUGCGAAUGCAAUGAUGGGUAUACUUUAGAUAAUACAGGAGGUAAUUGUACUGAUGUAAAUGAAUGUGAAAGUCCUCAAGCUUGUCUCUACGGAGAUUGUGUCAAUAACGAAGGAAACUACACGUGCCAGUGUCCACCAAACUAUCAACUUGUUGCAGCUGGAAAUGCAUGUGUUGACAAAAGGGAGGGGAGAUGCUAUAUGGAAAUUGAAGACAGAGGUGGUCGGAAACGUUGUCAUCAUGAAAUAGGCGCGCCUGUGUCUAAAGCUACGUGUUGUUGUUCCGUGGGCAAAGCAUGGGGAUCGAAGUGUGAAUCUUGUCCUAGUCUCGAUACAGAGGAAUAUAAAGCUCUAUGUCCCGGAGGAACGGGAUACAGACCAAAUCCUUCAACGGUCAUCUUAGAAGACGUAAAUGAGUGUGAAGAACACGAUAACCUAUGCAAAAACGGUCACUGUACCAAUACAUUUGGAAGUUACAUGUGUUCUUGUAACGAGGGCUAUCGGUUAGAUAACACCAGUACAUUCUGUUAUGAUGUAAAUGAAUGUGAAGAAAAACCAGACAUUUGUGGCGUAGGGUUUUGUAUGAACGAUGUGGGUACAUAUCAUUGCGUUUGCCCAGAUGGAUAUAUGUUAUUAUCAAAUGGAAAGGAAUGUGUAGACAUGAGAAAAGAAAACUGUUAUUUGAACUAUACCGACAACCAAUGUUCGUUGCCUAUGUCAAACAGUCAGACCCGGAUGAUUUGCUGUUGUUCAAUGGGACAAGCUUGGGGUUCACCAUGUCAACCUUGUCCAGCCACGGGUACCAAGGAGUACUUACUGUUGUGCGGAACGAGACCGGGUCUGAUCAUGAAUCCAAUGACCAACAAAACAGAGGAAAUCGACGAAUGCGCUCUAAUGCCAAACAUGUGUAAUCAUGGAAUAUGUGUUAACACACCAGGAAGUUUUCAUUGUUCGUGUGAUAGCGGAUACGUGUAUGACGCCAAUUCUCAUCAGUGCACUGAUGAUAACGAAUGUUUGCGGAUUCCGCCACCUUGUCGUGGUAUUGCCCAGUGUGUCAACGUCCCGGGAACUUUUGAAUGCCAAUGUCCAGACGGAUACAAACUCGGACCGACCGCUAGAGAAUGUGUCGAUAUUGAUGAAUGCUACGAACGGGAUGGAAUUUGUCGAGACGGAGAAUGUUCGAAUUUAGACGGAGGCUUUCAGUGUAUCUGUCACAAUGGAUAUGGCUUAACGGCAAACCGUGAUUCAUGCGUGGACGUGGACGAGUGCAAAAGACAUCCAAAUGUCUGCAACAACGGCACAUGUUUUAACACCAUAGGUUCAUUUAAGUGCAGCUGUUUUGAGGGAUUUAAAUUAAGUCACAAUAACGACUGUAUAGACAUUGACGAAUGUAGAAUGAUGCCGUUUUUAUGCCGGAAUGGUCGAUGUCGAAAUAUGAUUGGCAGGUUUGGCUGUGAAUGUACUUCUGGUUAUACCUUAUCACAGGACGGACAACAUUGUAGGGAUGUAGAUGAAUGUACCGAAAUUACUGGUACCUGUCCAUCCCCAGGAAGAUGCCAAAAUUUAAUGGGCUCGUUCUUGUGCACAUGUCCUCCUGGAUACCGGUUAUCGGCGGCAAAAAAUUCAUGCCUUGACAUUAAUGAAUGUAAGGAAUUACCGGGUAUAUGUGAAGGAGGAACUUGCAUGAACACAGACGGCGGGGUCAUAUGUGAGUGCCCAGACGGGUUUGUCCUUAGCUCAACUGGAAUGAAAUGCAUCGACACGAGACAAGAUCAUUGCUAUGAUAUAUUUUUAAGUGGUAAUUGUUUAGCUCCAAGACGGCAGAGAAUCACCGAAAAAGAGUGCUGUUGUUCGGCAGGAUCUGGGUGGGGUAAGCUUUGCAAAGCUUGCCCGAAACCAGGAAGUGAUACUUUUACCAAACUAUGCCCUGAGGGCAUUGGUCGAGGUGACAAAGGUGAAGAUCUCAACGAGUGUGACUUCAUGAUGAAUCCAUGCGAUGGCGGUGAGUGUAUAAACACUGACGGGUCUUACCGAUGUGAAUGUCCAGUUGGGUAUAUUUUGGAUUCUACUGGGAAAAAAUGCGUGGAUGAAAACGAGUGUAAAAUCAACGUCAAUAUUUGUGGAAAUGGAACGUGCGUAAACCUACAAGGUGGAUUCGAAUGUAUAUGCGCAGACGGGUUUGCUCCAGGUCCUACACAAGUUUGUGAAGACGUGAACGAAUGUCUCGAAAUGGCCAAUCAAUGUGCCUUCCGUUGUCAUAAUGUUCCUGGAUCGUUUAGGUGCAUAUGUCCAUACGGAUACGCUUUAGCUCCGGACGGUAGACAUUGUCAAGAUGUCGACGAAUGUGUCACGCCAGCUAAUAACUGUAAAUUUUCGUGUAAAAACCUUAUCGGAUCAUUUGCAUGCAUUUGCCCAGAGGGGUACGUUCAUGCGGGAAGCGAGGAGUGUAAAGAUAUCAAUGAAUGUAAAGAAAAUCCCAAUAUUUGCCAGAACGGUUUUUGUGUCAAUUUGCCGGGCUCUUUUAAAUGCGAGUGUUACGACGGAUUCAAAACCAGCUACGACGGGAAACAGUGUAUAGAUUCUAGGGUGGGAUUCUGCUAUAAACAUCUGUUAAAUGGCAGAUGCGUCAACCACGGAGAGCUAAAUCAAACGUACAAAGCCGUGACAAAAGCAGAUUGCUGUUGUUCAAUGGCUUCCGCUUGGGGUCCUCAAUGCCAGCCAUGCCCGUCUCCAUCUUCAGAAUCAUUUCGACAGCUUUGUUUGGAGUCGGGUUACACGAUUGAUGGGCAAGAUAUUGACGAAUGCGAGAUUAUGCCCGAUCUGUGCAAAAAUGGCAAAUGCAUUAACACGUUAGGUUCAUACCGGUGCAUCUGCAAUAAAGCGUAUAAAGUCGACCACACUGGAAUUCAUUGCAAUGAUGUUAACGAGUGUCUACUGAAUCCAUCGCCGUGCGAAAUGUCUUGUCAGAACUUCGAAGGAGGUUUCUCUUGUGGAUGUCCGGCUGGAUAUUUGUUGAAUCCGGACAACAGUACUUGUCGCGAUUUGGACGAAUGUACCACCGGCCAACAUAUUUGCCAACAACUUUGUAUUAAUACUCACGGAUCGUACAAGUGUGGCUGUCAACUGGGUUACCGGCAAUCCGGUGAUAAUUGUUUAGAUAUCGACGAGUGUCGCCAAGACCCUAACGCCUGCUUACCACCGGGAAAUUGUGUUAAUACUUUGGGAAGUUAUCGGUGUCUGUGCCCGAAACCGUACAAGCUAGAUACUUCCGGUAACCGUUGUAUUGAUCCCAAGCAGUCCAAAAACAAUCAGAACGAUUGCUUUGGACCGGAAUGCGACACUUCCGUCGGAUGUAACGAUCGGCAGAACUCUCAAAAUGCAACUCACAACUGCGGUUGUCCGCGCGGUUUUCGAAAAUUGGGCAAUCGUGGCGAAUGUAUCGAUAUUAACGAGUGUUUGGAAUCGCCGUGCGAUCCUAACUUGAAUUGCAUUAACACCGUUGGCGGUUACCAAUGCGUUUGUUCCAAUGGUCAACUCUACGAUCCCAUGUCUCAAGAGUGUGGAGGCAGACCCUUUUCGCAGCAAGGCGGCGGCUUAAUCGGUGCGAACGGCGGUAACGUGAUUGGCGGUAGUGCAAGUAUUGGCAGAGGAUGUUACUCAAGUCCAUGCGCUUUCGGUUGCAUCCCACACGGUCAAAACGGAUUUUCUUGUGGAUGUCCCGCAGGCUAUCAGAGGAUUGGGCAGGGACACUGUUUGUCAACGAUCAGUCCACUGACUAGUGGUUCGUUCAUCGGGCCACCAGACCUCGGCGAUAUCCCUACGUUCCCAAUCGAACCAGAAUUGAUUCCAAAAAGCAAUGGCGGCAAAGUAAUAUCGACCGAAGGAUGUUUCUCUUGCAAGAUAAACGGCGAGGGCAGGUUUCGGCAUAAGAGAACGGCCAACGUCUCGAUCGAUGCCCUCCCGUACGACACUGAUCAAUGGCAAAACAAGACGGGACAAGAACCGGUAAAACUCAAGUUCAGGCACUACCGAGAUGACGGAAUUCACACGACCAUAAAAAUGAAGAUGUCCGACGCAAAACGAAAGGCUCAAAUAUUAAAACUGCUAUCGGCUGUAAAGGAUAAUUACCAAUACUCCGUAGUUCCAGCGGAUGACGUUCCGGAUAGAUUUAAAAUCAAACAGAACUCCAAAGGCAUUUGGGUAUUGAAAUUCAAACGUACACCAAGUACACCGGGAAAAUAUCAUUUGGCCAUCGAUGGACAAAGAUCUACCGACGAUCACACGGAACACAAGAAGCUUCCUAUUUUGCAUCUUAAACUCAUUCUCACAGAUAAAUAAAUCGAAUCGUCCGUUUUUGUACGCCAAACCGUAUUUUACCUAAUGCAUCUAUGUAUUUAAAAUAUAAAUAAAAACA